GAAAGAGAGAGAGAGAAACAAGGAUUGUCAGAGAGAGAGAGAGAGAGCAAGACAGUGAGUGCGAGAGGGUGAGAGUGCUGCGUUAUAUGCGUCCAGGCAAACCGCGUGCGUCAGCCUCAGAAAGCCCCAGCUCCCCUUUCAACCACGCCGGUGACCUCACUCUGCCUCAACGGACCCACGGGAGCUGAGAUCGCUCCUGUUCUCUCUUCUCCGUCAACAGCUUUUUUGGCACAGAGGGGGGGGGGGAAGAAACAAGAAGCAAUCGGAUUUAUUGGACUGAUUUUUUUCCCUGUUUUUCCCCAUUUUUGCUCUUUACACCAUCAGCGUGUUAAUUUACGAGAGACAGACCGACCCGGACUGAUCCUAAAUUGUGGAUUUCCAGUUGGAAACGGAGCAGGGAAGGUGUACCAGCUGACACACUCUAUCAGUCUGUGUGUGUUUGUGUGGAGUUUACUCUCCCUCUGAAAUGGGACCCAAACUGCACCCUCUCAUUCUGGGUCUACUACUCACCCUGCUGGGGAAAACCAUGAGCCAAUGUUCAAUGGGGUAUGAAAAAAACCAAACUUGCAUUGAUAUUGAUGAGUGCAAAGCUCCUGUGUGUGGCAAGAAUGCAAUCUGCUUCAAUACCAUUGGCAGUUACUACUGCCAGUGUGUUCCUGGGUUUAGAGCCCCCACCAUCAACUUCACAGCAUUUACAGGGCAAUGUGAAGAUGUGAACGAGUGCCAGGGGAAGAGUGAUUUCUGUGGCCCCAACGCCAAGUGCAAGAACACAAUCGGGUCCCACACCUGCUCCUGCCUUGAGGGUUACGUCUCAAGCAACGGAGAGAAAUAUUUUGAUGGCACCACAGGAGUGAUGUGCAAAGAUGAGGAUGAGUGUAGUAGACACCCUCCGGUCUGUGGCAGGAAUGGAACCUGCUCAAACUCGCCAGGUACAUACACCUGCUCCUGUGAUGCAGGGUUCAGUAACUCUGGACACAGCAAGGCCCCCUGCUCAGAUAUAAACGAAUGUGCGAUUGACGAAAUGAUCUGUGGAAAAGGGGGGUCCUGUAACAAUACCCACGGCGGCUACGUGUGUAUGUGCAACACUGGAUACAGUAACUAUGGCAAAGCCUCAGCACAAUGCGUAGAGCUAAACUGUGACAAGUACAACCCCUCAAACAAAUCUGAGGAGGUGUUCCCAGGCCUUACAGAUCUCUUGUCACUGAUGAGAGACAACUGCAGGGAGCUGAAUGGGAACAAAUCUCCUGGGCAGCCGAACGGAGAGAUGGUGUUAGAGAAACUCUUAACCAAGUUGGAUGACCUCCUGUCCGGUAUGCCUGUGGAGAGUAGUGGCAAAGUGACGGCACUGCUCACCACAGUGGAGAAUGCCAUCAGGCUGAUUGGACCGCAGAUGAAGCAGCCCCAAACCAGAAUGAGCACCAUGCACACAGAGGUGGAGCUGCUGGUGAGGAGAGGCAGAGCUCCUCCCCAGGGCGUCGUCAGCAUGUCCACAGAACACGUCCAACUGGACACACACUGGGAGACCGCUGCUGGAAACGGCACCUAUCCAGGUUUUGCAAUGGCCUCCUUGGUGAGCUACAAGGAGCUGGAGAGCACCACCAACCACUCAUUCCCUAGCGAAAGAGGCCAGAGCUUCCAGAUCAACUCCAAAGUGGUGUCCGCUAUUGUCAGCAACCCGAACACGGGACACCUGGACAAGUGUGUCAACUUCACCUUCUCCCAUCUGAAGUCCACCAACGAGUCUCACACCUGUGUGUUCUGGGACGCGGGGGUGUGGUCCACGACGGGCUGUCAGAAGGCGGAGUCUAAUGAGACGCACACGGUGUGUUCCUGCACUCACCUCAGCAGCUUUGCUGUCCUGAUGUCGCUGCACGAGUUUAAGCACGACCCAUUUGAGCUGCAGGUGAUCACCUGGGUGGGGCUGUCUGUGUCGCUGGUCUGCCUCCUGCUCUCCAUCGCCACCUUCUACUUCUGCCGCUCCAUCCAGGGCACGCGUAACACCAUCCACCUGCACCUCUGCAUCAGCCUCUUCAUCGCCGACCUCGUCUUCCUCGCCGGCAUCUCCAGCACUCAAAACAAGGGCGGCUGUGCAUUUGUGGCGGGUCUCCUGCACUUCUUCUUCCUGGCAGCCUUCUGCUGGAUGUGCUUGGAGGGGGUGCAGCUGUACCGCAUGGUGGUGCUGGUGUUCAACACCACAUUCCGCCCCCUCUACAUGAUGGCCGUGGGUUACGGCAUCCCCGCUGUCAUCGUCAUCGUCUCCGCCAUCAUCAACGCUGAGGGAUACGGCACGGACAGACAUUGCUGGUUGGACCUGGACAAGGGCUUCAUAUGGAGCUUCUUUGGGCCUGUCUGCAUCAUCAUCAUCAUCAACGCCUUCUUCUUCAUCAUCACCGUGUGGAAGCUGGCCCAGAAGUUUUCCAGUCUCAAUCCAGACCUUUCCAACCUGCGCAAGAUCAAGGCAUUCACAAUCACUGCCAUCGCCCAGCUGUGUGUGCUGGGCAUCAUGUGGAUCUUCGGCUGCUUUCAGUUUGAGGAGAACUCACUCGCCAUGUCUUACAUCUUCACCAUCCUCAACAGCCUGCAGGGGGCACUGGUGUUCGUCAUGCACUGUCUGCUGUCCAAACAGGUGCGGGACGAGUACGCCAGGUUUCUUUCCUGCAUCUGCAUAUCAGAGAAGAAGAAGUACUCAGAGUUCAGCACCAACCAGUCAAGUGGCGGCCAGGCUUCAAGGAGUGCUAACAACACUGGAGAGUCACAGAUUUGAAGCUUCAGCUAUAUACCUGCGAUGGUUUGUGCUCUGACCUCCGGCCCUGCCAUGACCCCUCCGUGACCCUAGUAAGGUGGAGGAUGUCCUGAACAGCUGAGCACUUCACACCAGACUAGCUGAAUCUGCGAUAUUUCAGCUUGCUUCAUUAUGUCCAGCGCCUUUCAGAGCUAAAUCCUGCCCACUGCUUCAUAAGAUAGAAAAUAA